UAAUCUUCCUUACUGGAUCAGGAAAAGGAUAGACGUGGCGAAAAGAGAAUGGGCGGCGAAAGAAAUUUGUUGGCGUUACCAGAAGAUUGCAUAGCGGACAUCUUGUCAUUUACAGGUCCUCUAGAUGCUUGCAAAUUGUCGACGGUGUCUUCUUCGUUAAGAGAUGCAGCUCAAUCCGACGCCGUCUGGAAGAAGUUCUUGCCUUCAGACUAUGAGUCCAUCAUCUUGGAAUCCUCUGAUUCCUCUUUACUUUAUCGUUUCUCUUCCAAGAAGCAGCUUUAUCUCAGUCUCUGCCACGAUCCUCUUCUCAUUGACAGUGGCAAAAAGAGCUUUGCAUUGGAUAAAUGGACCGGGAAGAAAUGUUACAUGAUCUCUGCAAGGGACCUCAAAAUUAUCUGGAGUGACACUCCCGCACAUUGGAGAUGGAUUUCCCUUCCUGAUUCCAGAUUUUCUGAAGUGGCAGAGCUUAUCAGCAUUUGCUGGCUGGAAAUUAGUGCCAAAAUCCACACGAAUAUGCUAUCUCCAUCCAUACUGUAUACGUCAUACCUCGUGUUCAAAUCACCAAAAGGCGCUUAUGGGUUUGAAUACCAGCCUGCAGAAGUUAUAGUGAGAUUUGUUGGACGUGAAAGCGGGAAGCACAAUGUUUACAUGGAUGCAGAAAGAGGACAGAGGCGACACUCCCCUCGCUUAAAAAGACGCAUUGGUUUAUUUAACAGGAAUCGCAUUUUCGGGAUACAAGCAUCUGUGGCUAAUGGCGAAAGCAGUUGCAAGUAUCCGAAAGAGAGAGGAGAUGGGUGGUUGGAAAUUGAAUUGGGUGACUACUUUAACAAGGAAGGUGAAGAUGGUGAACUAGAGAUGAGUGUUUUAGAGGUGAAAGGCGGGCAUUGGAAAGGUGGUCUUGUUGUUCAAGGGAUUGAGAUCAGGCCAAAGUAUACAAGGUAGUAAUAUUUAAUUGAAAUGAUGUCAUUACUUUUUCUUUUUGAUAAUUGGGGAGGGGUGCAAUUGUGGGAGGAAUUGAACUUACGAUCUUGGCAGUUUUGCUGCCCAACGCUUAUACGCUCAUACCAUUUGAGUUACAACUCGUUAGUAUGUCAUUCCUGUAUUUUAAUUUAUAAAUAGUCUCAUAUAUAUUCAAUGAUGUAUUAUAGUUUUAUUGACUCUGAUAACACCGUGGGCAGAGUCUAUGUAAUACAUUUUGCUAUUCUUUUCC